AAUUUUAUCUUGUUAUCAUUACAUAACAAUGGCAUCUCUAUAUUCUCCUACUACCACCACCACCACCACCACCACCACUACCAACAUCUCGGCUGCGGCCGGGAUUUCCCACCACCAUCUAUUCCCCAAAACAUCCCAACUUUCCAUUUCGAGAGGGCUAGGUCGUCGUCGCCCUACAUCGAAAAUCUCAUGCAAGAUAGGCAAAAAUAAUGACCAAAAUAACCCAAAAACAACCAAUGAAGGGAAUGCCAAUAUGUUUGAUAGAAGAAAUAUCCUCAUAGGGCUAGGGGGGUUAUAUGGCGCGGCCACAACACUUGGUGGCGCGCCAUCAUCCUUAGCCGCCCCAGUGCAAACCCCUAGCCCGAAUGCAUGUGGACCGGCGGAUGUACCCUCAAACGCCCCGGGUCUAAAUUGUUGCCCACCUAGGGCCACAAGCAUUGUGGACUUCGUUCUCCCACCGGCUCCGACAACCUUAAGGGUUAGGCAACCAGCCCAUUUGGUGGAUGCCCAAUUUAGGGAGAAAUUUAAUAGGGCUAUCACCUUAAUGAAAGCCCUCCCUGCUAGUGACCCACGUAGUUUUACCCAACAAGCCAAUGUGCAUUGUGCUUAUUGUAAUGGUGGUUAUGCUCAAGUAGGGUUUCCAAAUAUGGACCUCCAAGUCCAUAACUCUUGGUUAUUCUACCCGUUUCAUAGGUGGUAUCUCUACUUCUUUGAGAGAAUAUUGGGUAGCUUGAUCAAUGACCCGACUUUUGCCCUCCCCUUUUGGAAUUGGGACACUCAAGCGGGCAUGCGAAUGCCCGCCAUUUACACCGACCCAAACUCCCCCUUAUUUGAUCGGAUCCGUGAUAGAGGUCACCAACCCCCAAAACUAUUAGAUCUCAACUACGACGGUGACGAUACCAAUGAUUUACCGGAGCAAUCCACCAUCGCGGCAAACCUCUCAGUCAUGUAUCGACAAAUGGUGACUAACUCAAGAACGGCGAGGCUAUUCUUAGGGGCACCUUACCGGGCUGGGAACUUUCCUAACCCGGGAGGUGGAUCCGUAGAGAAUAUACCUCACGGGACCGUACAUGUUUGGACUGGUGACCGUACCCAGCCUAAUUUUGAGAACAUGGGUAACUUCUACUCCGCUGCACGUGACCCACUUUUUUACGCCCACCAUGCCAAUAUCGACCGUAUGUGGUCCGUUUGGAAAACCUUAGGGGGUAACAGGCAGGAUUUUACCGACCCGGAUUGGUUAAACGCGUCGUUUAUAUUUUAUGAUGAAAAUGCUCAAGCUGUAAGAGUUCGAAUCAGAGAUAGUCUAGACACAGCUAGGCUUGGGUACAACUACCAAACCGUUGACUUGCCUUGGGUCAACGCUCGACCUACCGCAAGCUCAACGUCUAGGGUAAGAAGUGUAACCUCGUCAACCCCACAAGCAGCCAACGGUAUGGAAUCAUCGACAUCGAAAACCGUGAAGCUCCCUAAGCCACUAACCAAGUCGCUACGAUCAAACGUGGAGAGGCCUAAGAAGUCGAGGAGCAAAAAGGAGAAAGACCGAGAGGAGGAAGUGCUCGUGAUUGAGGUCGAUGUGAAGAGACACGAAGAGUACGUGAAGUUCGACGUGUAUAUCAACGAUGAAGAUGAUGUUCCGUCUAAGAAGAUGCAAGUCAAGGCUGAAUAUGCUGGGAGUUUUGUGAAUGUUCCUCAUAAACACAAACAUGGUGAGGAUAAACAUAAGAUGGAGACCACUUUUCGGGUUGGUUUGACUGAAAUUAUUGAUGAAUUGGGUGCUGAUGAUGAUGAUGGUGUUACUGUUAAUUUGGUGCUUAGGGCAGGGAAGAAGGAUAAUGUUGUCAUUAAGAGUAUGAAGAUUGAGUUUUCUUCUUAAUUUUUUUUACAUUAAAGUCAGAAAAGGGGGGAAAGUUGAUUAAGAGUAUGAAGAUUGAGUUUUCUUCUUAAUUUUUUUUACAUUAAAGUCAGAAAAGGGGGGAAAGUUGAUUAAGAGUAUGAAGAUUGAGUUUUCUUCUUAAUUUUUUUUACAUUAAAGUCAGAAAAGGGGGGAAAGUUGAUUAAGAGUAUGAAGAUUGAGUUUUCUUCUUAAUUUUUUUUACAUUAAAGUCAGAAAAGGGGGGAAAGUUGAUUAAGAGUAUGAAGAUUGAGUUUUCUUCUUAAUUAGGAAACCCGGUUUACCAGGGGAAUUCCUAAGCUUUCUUGUUAAUUAAUUCAUUACUCGUAUUUUGUAUUGCUUGUUUCUCCCAUGACUUGUUUCUUGUGUGAUUGUUUUGUAAUUUAAAUUUUGAAUAAAUGUUGGAUGUUUAUUUGUUGUGAA